AGCACCCGAGAAAGGCGAACGAUAAUCGCACAUUUCGGCUUGAAGAAUAGAAAAUGCGUUGUUGUUUUCCCAUCGUAGGUGUUUAAGCGUAAAAGUUUUAUUGUUAUCCGAGUAUAAGUUCACUUGAUUUAGAAUCGAUACUCUUCCCUGCUCGCAGUGGCAUGAGGAAUUUCCGUUCGCCUCAGUUCCGCGACUCUAUCAGCGAUAGCGAAGAGGAAGAUCUUGGCCUGCUGGCGGAGCCGUACGUGGAAACGGAUCCCGACAUAGUGGAGCUAUUCGACGGAGAUAUACAGUUGGUCAUAGGAAACGUGUACGACAUGGCAAACGACGCUUAUACCUCCGAUUCCGAGCCGCAAGCUCCGCAUUACUCGCCCGACAUGAGCGAAAGUGAUAACGACAGUAGCGAUAUCGUCAGCGAUAGUCAAUUCGUACAAAGCACACCUUCCAGUUCGGACGACGAAGAUGAAGACGACGAUGACGACGACGAUGAUGAUGACGACGAUGAUGGUAGAGGUGGUGCGGGUGGGAUGGCGGGUGAGUCGAGUAGACCAAAAACACGAUCUACAGAUGAAACGAAAGGUGCUGGUACAUCAGAAGAGCAACCUCUCCGUCGAGCAAUAGACGAUUACGAUGAAGAGAUGGAGGAGGAUGAAGUGGUGAAAGCUAUCAUUGCCGAAAUCAAGAAACCACGGUCCAAACCACCGGACAUAAAGACGGACGACUAUGUGGUAGAUCUUUCGUUCCAUCCGCUCGAAGAUAUACUGGCCAUCGGAACGUCGGUAGGUGAUGUACUGAUAUACAAGUAUACGAACGAGGAAAACACACUAGCCGCUACGCACGAGCUGCACACGAAAGCGAUUCGUGGGGUAGAAUUUACCCGCGAUGGCAGUGGCCUCAUCUCAACCGGCCGGGAACGUUCGAUCCUGCUGUCGGAUAUUGAAACGGGCAAGCUGAAGUGGUUCGUCGAUGAUGCUCAUGAAGAACCCGUCUAUUCAAUGUGCAUUACCGGGGAGCAUACGUUUGCAACCGGUGAUGAAGAUGGCUCGCUAAAGCUGUGGGAUGUGCGCCAAAAGGAUGCCGUAUUUUUGGUGAGACCGGUCGAAGAUUUCAUUUCUUCCAUCCUAACGAGUCAACAGCAACAGAAGUACCUGCUGUUGACAAGCGGGGACGGUUAUCUCACAACGCUCAACAUUGCGCAGAGGAAGCUGUACGUCCAAUCGGAACCGUAUGAAGAAGAGAUGAACUGCAUGGCUACGUUUAAGCGCGAUACUAAGCUAGUGGUCGGCACCUCAAAAGGCAACUUCUACACGUACAAUUGGGGUCAGUUUGCGUACCACUGUGACGCUUUCGUUGGUCCACUGGCAUGUGCCAAUCGGAUGGUGCCCGUUACGGAACAGAUUGCCGUUACGGCCGGUGAGGAUGGUAUCAUUCGCGCGAUGCAUGUCGUUCCCGGGCGAGUGCUCGGCAUUGUCGGCCAGCACUCAAUGGCCAUCGAGACGCUGGACAUUAGCGGAUCCGGAGAGUUGAUCGCCACCAGCUCGCAUGACAACGACGUGCGAUUUUGGAACAUCAAAUACUUUGAAGACUUCGACGAUAUCAAGUACAACAGCAAGCCGGACAAGCGGGCACUCAAACACAAUCUGCCAUCGUCGCAGCGUACCAAUGCGAAGGAUUUCUUCGCGGAUCUAGAUGCGUAAACUGUGUGGUGCCCUUAAGUCAGAGCCAAUAUGGUAAUUCUUUUAAAAAGGCCGACAUAAGCUAAAAGUUUAGCUGCGGCAACCGCACUACUUCUUCUCUCCAGGGCUGGAAGUUACUCGUUAUGUUUAUGUAAAAUAUUGCGAUUAUUUAAAGUGUAAUAAACUUAAACAUAUUGUCAUUAAGAAUAUUAUUUUAGAUAAUUUCGUUGUCGGUUAAUAAACUACAAUAAUUUAA